GGGUGGGUGUAGUCAUUAAUAAAAAAAUGAGUUUUACUAAAUGGAAAUAGGAAAUGCUAAUCCACACAUUUUGAUUAGUAACGACAGUCAUACGUCAUUUCAUGACGACAGACGUAACAUGACUGAUCAGCUAGAUAGCUAUCCAAUCAUGAAAAGACCAGGGGAAUUUUUCACAUUCUAGAUGAAACUGGACAAAAUGCAUCUGGUUGUUGAAGUCACAUUAUGUAAAAUAUACUCCUCCCAAAUUGGUAAAAACAUCAUGCAGACUGCCCUGCUCUCGGUUAUUGAGGCAAAGGCAGCUUCCAGAUUCUUAGAACUCGUUUUGCUGGAUCUGUCAGCUGCUUUUGACACCAUUAAUCACCAGAUCCUCCUGACCACCCUCAUGAUGAAGGACAUCUCAGGAACUGCACUCCAGCAGUUCAAGUCUUACCACUCAGGAUGUUGUGGAGGGGUGAGGUGUCUAAGUCCAGCGGCAGGAGUGCCUCAGGGCUCGGUGCUUGGACCGCUUCUCUUCUCCAUCUACACAUCAUCACUAGGAUCUGUCAUUCAGAAACGACAGAAAUGAAUCUGCUACGCUGAUGGGAAAAACUGACGGGACUCCAAUUUUCUGGAGUGAAAACGGACUUCAACUUUUGUGUGAAGUACAAUACAUUUCAUAAACUCAUCAGUAAAGUAAGUUUUGGUCAUCAUUCAGACGGGGUCUGCUACAACAGGAUUGUACUAAUAGUGGAUAAAAGCAAGAUAACAAAAGUAAUAACCAUAAAUAAACUAAACUAUACCUGUUCGAUCUCCAUGCAGCAUAUAUUCUCUGGCUCUGUAGGCAUCUUGCAACAGUUCCCACACAAGCACCUGUACAGCGAUUUAUAGAUUAUUAUGACGGAACAUGCUAAUAAUUGACUUCAAGAUAGUUAACUUCACAUCUACUACAUAAACUCAUCAAUUAACCAUUCAGAAACGUCCUGUUGCAUUCUAGGCCAACAUGUUGUCACUUCUUCUCUCCAUCAUUCUGGUUCGAAUCCGACUCUGGUUCGAACAUAUAAGGCUGAACACCGUUACUGACAGUUUCUGACAUUUUCAGUGCGUGAGAUUGCCCUGUUUUGUUGUUGCGUAUGCCAGAGCAUGAGCUCUUGAAGCUCCGCCCUCUUCUUGAAAGGGGGCCGGGAGUAGCAGCUCAUUUGCAUUUAAAGAGACACACAGAAAAACGGCACGUUUCUGCUCACCCCCAAAAAGCAGCAAUUUUAACACGCUAUAAAAAAUGAUCUGUGGCGUAUUUUGAGCUGAAACUUCCCAUACACACUCUGGGGACACCAGAGACAUCUUGUAAAAAUGGGCAUAAUAGGUCCCCUGUAAAGCAGCUGUUUAGCUGGGGAUGUUAAAAUACAAAUUAUGAAUGUUCAUAUGUAUAUCAUUUUCAUAUAUAUAAUUUUCAUAUAUAAUUUUCACAUUUUCAUAAUUUCUAGACUGAUCCUGUCUGACACAGACGAGACAGAUCAGAAAAGAGAUUGAAAAAUAUACAAAUAAGGAGGAAGGAAAAUAUGAAAAUUUCUGAUGAAAUCAGAUAUAAGAAUCACAUAGUUUAAAGUUUGAGGCAGAAACAUCAGACUCAGGACAGAGACACACGACCGCUAAACUCUCUGCUCCGUAUCUGAAUGUGUUCAGCGUCAGUAUCACUUUAUAAACGUGAGGAAGACCUGGACUGAAGCUCAGAGAUACUGCAGAGAGAAUUACACAGAUCUGGCCACCGCUGACAACAUGAACGACAUGAACGAGGUGAACAAGAGUGUGAGUGAUUCAGAUCAUCAGUAUGUCUGGAUUGGGCUGCAGAGAACGAGUGUUAAUAAAUGGCAGUGGUCUUCAGGUGAACCUGCGCUCUAUCUGAACUGGGGAUCUGGACAACCUGAUGGUGGAGAUGAUUGUGCUUACAUAUUUAAUGGACAAUUUUAUGAUUAUUCAUGUAGUACUUACUACCUGAAAUUCAUCUGCAGUUCAUCUAACAACAUGAACGCAGGACUCGUCUUUGUCAGUCAGUUGAUGAACUGGAGAAGCGCUCAGAGUUACUGCAGACAGAAUCACAUCGAUCUGGUCAGUGUGAGGAACCAGAAUGAGAAUCAACUGGUGCAGAAGUUCAUUAAUGAUAAUCGCUUAUCUGGAUUAUGGAUCUGGAUCGGUUUGUUCAGAGACUCGUGGCAGUGGUCAGAUCAGAGCAACUCCUCAUUCAGAUACUGGUAUCCUAAUCAACCUAAUAAUGAUGGAGGUAAAGAAAACUGUACAAUUCUCGAAGACGACCCUCUGAAACGAUGGGGUGACAACACUUGCAGCAGCCAGUUACCUUUUGUGUGUCAUGAAGAUAAACUGAUUCUGAUCAGAGAGAAUCUGACGUGGUCUGAAGCUCUGAGAUACUGCAGACAGAACCAUACGGAUCUGGUCUCGGUUCAUUCAGAAGAGAUUCAGCGUCGUGUGAUGAACGUGGCCAAACGGGCGUCUACUGCGGCGGUCUGGUUGGGUUUACACAACUUCUGCAGCAUGAACGUGUGGCUCUGGGUGAGAGGAGACAUCGUGUGCUAUCAGAACUGGGCUCCAGGGAACGGAACGACACCGGAAAACUGCCGCCUCGAGAAGAGGAAAGGAGCAGUUCAGUCUGGAGGAGAUCAGCGCUGGAUCAGCCUUCCUGAAUCUCACAAACUCAACUUCAUCUGCAGAAAUGAUGAGUGAAUGUUUGUGUGUUUACUUACAUUCACUGUUUUCAUCCUUCAUUAUUUUUCUUAUUUACUUUCAAUUUGUUUGAUUUGUUCUCUGAGUGAAUCUACUAAUUGUGUUUUAUUUCUGUUUGUUAAUAAUCAUGAUAAUUACUAUUCUUUAGAUGCCUAAAAUACUAACACAAUAUAUGUGUGUUUUAAAGGGGUCAUGAACUGCUGUUUUAUUGUUUUAUAAUGUUUCCUGGGGUGCACUUAUAAUGUUAGUAUGCUUUUUACAUCAAAAAUUGUCAUAAUUUAGAAAUAAAAGU